CUCGAUGACGACAGCCUGAGGCAGCGGAUCCUUGUUCGCAAGACCAAGACAUGGACCGGCCGCGUCGCAGAGACCUGGGAAUUCCUGCCUGAAUACCCAGCGCAACUGCUACUGCCGCCGCUACAGCCCGAGCCUGCCGUACUGCAACAGCAACUGCCGGAUCAGCAGCAGCAGCAGACGCAGGCCCGAUCGCCACAACCUGGAGAAAGUUACCUCGCUCCUCCGCUGCCGCCGCGGGAGGCGGCAAUGGCAUCUCUACCUCCCGUGUCGCCGCAGUACAUGCAUUACCACCGGCAGCAAAUGCGGGCGGCGGCGGCUGCCGCUAGGUCUCCUC